AUUCUAAAAUAAAUUUUGUUGUGGAAGCAUAAAAAUAGAAACAGGAUAUAUUGCAUCAUUUUAUUUGAAUUAAUUUGUACACUACACGUUAAAUAAUACAGAAACAAAACUUAACAAUGUGCCGAUUAAACUAUGGGAACUUUAUUUGCCUGUUUUAGUGGCAGAAAUGAAAUAUUUAGCAUUUCACAUCGCAAAUUUGUCACAACACAGGCAGCUCAGGACAGGAGCAACACAAGAAACAAAUACCCUUCACAGGAGUUGCUGUGAAAUCAAUUCUCACUGACUGGGGUCAUGGAGAUAGUGGGAAAUUAUCAAUAUGACAAGAAAGAUCUUAUUGGUCAUGGUGCUUUUGCUGUUGUAUUUAAAGGCAAGUCCACUGUGGAUCAUUCAGUUAAAGUAGCAAUAAAAUCAAUCAGUAAAAAGAAUUUGUCAAAGGCACAGGCAUUAUUGGGAAAGGAAAUUAACAUCUUAAAAGAGCUACAUCAUCCCAACAUUGUUCAACUUCUUGAUUGCAUUGAGACAACAUCUAAUGUUUUCUUGAUUAUGGAGUUUUGUAAUGGAGGUGAUUUAGCUGAUUAUUUGCAGUUAAAAGGAACUUUAAGUGAAGAUACUAUAAGAAUUUUCCUACGACAAAUAGCUUCUGCUUUGCAAGUUCUUUCUUCAAAAGGAAUUGUGCACCGUGAUUUGAAACCACAAAAUAUAUUAUUAAGUCAUGGUGCAUUGAUUUCUCAUCCUCGACCUGCUGACAUUCAAAUUAAAAUAGCGGAUUUUGGCUUUGCACGAUUUUUGCAUGGUGAAAUGAUGGCUGCUACACUUUGUGGUUCACCUAUGUACAUGGCACCUGAAGUGAUUAUGUCCAAAGCAUAUGAUGCAAAGGCGGAUUUAUGGAGUGUAGGAACUAUAAUUUACCAGUCGCUGACUGGAAAAGCACCUUUUCAUGCUAACAAUCCUCAAAAUUUAAGAAGACUUUAUGAAACAACAAAAAUCUUAAAACCGAGCAUACCAAGUGGUUGUUCCCCCAUUAUGAGAGAUUUGUUAUUUGGUUUAUUGAAAAGAAAUCCAAAGGAGAGGUUAUCUUUUGAUGAAUUCUUCUCUCAUACUUUUCUGAUUGGGAAGAGUUUAUCAUUCACCUCUACACCCGUUGCAGUGCCAUCGAGAAGGAGAGGUUUUUCUGAAUGUUCGCGUGGUAUACGAUCUCCCAUGGAAUCUUUGUCGUCGUCACCGAAAUACACUGAUUAUUUGCAACGAGCUGGUAUGAGUUCACCAAAUGAUCUUCACAACUUUACUGGUAGAGCUUCUCCACAAGCUACAGCUUCAUGUCUUCCACGAAAGCACCACAGUUCGUCUGUACCCGAUGACUUCGUUCUUGUACCCUAUGACGUAAGGUGUGAGUCACCUAAGCAUUCGAGCAGAGCACAGUUGCGUGGACGAGAUAUUAUGUUUUCUCCAGAAGAGAGUUCAUCUCCGAAGAGCACGAUACGAAAAGACAAACCACUUUUCUCUCUUGGCUCUCCUCCUUCUAGUCCUCAAGAUUUUGUAUACGAUCGAACGCCAUCGCCCUCUCCGGGGAAAGGCGUAAAACACAACAGAAGUAAUUUAAGUUCUCCUUCGCCGUCUCCUCGAACUCCUUCACCUCUCACACGUGAUUUGUCUGUACAGUCUCCCAUGUUAAGAAGAACUUCCUCCACUUCAAAAGUGUCAACACCUCCAACAUUAGAACCAGUUGUUGAUGUGGGGGAGAACAAUCACACGCUUUCAAAUAUAACGGAUAGUCCGUCAGCGAAGCAACGAACGAAAACGAAAAGGCAACGACGAACGACAAUAUCAAACGCCGCUAACCCAAUGUCUGAACUGCGCAAAGCACAAGCUGUUAUACCUUAUGAAAAUGUUGCAGCCACAUUUGCACCUACGAAGCCUAUUGAUAUCCGUAAAAGUAAAUCAUCUCCAGCAAUAAUCUCCGAAGCUGUAAAAAACAUGCCGGUUGUUUCUAAGCAAGACUCAGUGAACUCCAACUUAGCUGUUUUGUUAAGACAACUUGCACAAGAUAGUUUGCAAUCUGAUCUUCUGGCAACGUUACCUUCUCCUUCGUUCAAGUUAAGGAAUAGUCCUCCUUCGCCGAAGUUGUUUCCAGGUGAUAUAACUCCACCGCCUGGUUUAUUUCAGGCUUCUUCUCCUGCCAGUUGGCAAGACAGACCUGAUUUUCGUAGGAAGUCCGAAACGAAUGACCGUGGGUUUCGUGCGUAUAAAACAAGUUCUUGUACUGACAUUUCUAAAGGAAGCAAUGUGGAGGAACGCUACAGGUUCCAUGGAGAUUUACCGCAUGGAGAAGUUAAACAUUUUAAAAAAUCGCACUCCUAUCAAGGACAAACUGCUAUAUCUGACGUCACGUCAAAGAUCACCCUAGACAAGGACUUAUCAUUGAAUCCAAUUCCUCCACAUUCACCAGAACUGUACGAUGAUUUAUAUCUAUCACAAGAACAUACCCUUGCUAUGAACGAGAUCGAGUUUUUAUUAUUAUUUUCAAAAACUUUACUUAGCAUAAUCUCUGAUUUGAACAUAACCACGUGCUUUGCCGAACUGUUGGCGGAACAAAAGCAACGGCACACGAGAAUGCUACCCUCCAUUGACGGUAUUAAAUAUGAGAAACCAUUGAUGAUCUUAGAAGCUUUGAGAGUUUCCUCAUACGCUCUACGAUUUUCACUGUCACAUAAGAAGAAAGGAACUUUGAAUCCUACCAAAUCUUUGUCAACAGCUGUUUCUACGUUAACAUCUCUAUCCGAGGAUUGCAUUCAAAGAAUGGCGUUUUACAAACAACAACAAGGACACCAGCUACCUAAUGAUGUCAACAAAUUCAAAGCUGACACUGCAAAAGUUAUGUACUUAUAUGGAGUUGCUGCUUGUCAAUUUGCUGCAUCCAGUGAACUGAUGGGUAACAACACCGAUGCACACCGCCAUUAUGUUAUAUCACGAACCAUUUUCAAAGGCCUGAUGCAACAAUCACGAUCAACUAAUGAUAAGAAACAGCUGUCGAAAUAUAUUUUUAGCAUUACUAAAAGACUUGACCUUGCACGGAAGUAAUAAAGCUAGUUUUAGAGCUGAGAAUCCAUGAUUUUUUAAUCUUCACAAAUCUUCACACAAGAACGCCACAAAUGAUAUAUUGAUCCAAAAAUUGAUCUUCUAAAAAAUGGCGCCAUCUUGGGAAUAUUUAUAACUGUCAUAUUUAAAAAAAAGCAAAAAAAAGACCAUGGUUUUGUUGAAUGGUUGGUCAUUAUUUGAAAUAACAUUAAAAAGUUUAGAUCAUUGACUUUAUUUAUUCUUAUGUUACUGUUAACCUCUUGUUAUGUUGAGAUAUUUAAAAAUAUAGUGUGUAUAAAACAGGAGACAUGACGGAGUCUUUGGAAGGACUAACAGUGUGAUCUAUACGUGCAUGAUCUUCAGAAUUUUAAACGACCCUUCACCACAGGUUAAGAUCAGAUUAACUAAAGCAUUUUUAAAGGCCAAUUAAGGUCGCUACAAAAUGGGAUAUUGACCAUAGAUUUUAGUGGCUUACAGGAAAUAUGAUCAAAGUGGUGAGAGUUUGUCAGCCCAAGGAUUGCAUUUGAAACUCUUCACGCACCUGUCAGUUUUACGGCUGACGACAUUAUUUUUAAACCAUUUCAGUCAGCGUGUUUUCGUGACGUUGUCAUGACAGUUUGACAAAAAAGUAUGAUUCGUGACGUCAUAAAUCAGCUUGUUUCAUAUUGAAACUUUUUGUUUUUCUUUAACUUUCAAAGGAGUGGAAGAGUUCCGACGUUUAGUAGAGAAAUCGUCGGUUGGGUUUCGCAGGGACGAAAUCUGUCUUGAGAGAAGUUAUUCUUAUCCGUCAACCUGAUUCGCAGGGCAUGUUUCUGUUUUGAAAGUAAAGAAUACAAAUUUUAUUUUAUUUUUACAACUUUUUUCCAAAUUUUGUUUUGUAAAUAAAUUAUAAAAAUAAUAAACUCGGUAUUGAACCAAUCAAAAAUCGACGGAUUGCUGAUUGGUUGAUAGAAAGGUUUAUUACCCAAACUUUUGUGUAUAUUAAAUCCUUGCGUAUAAAAUAAAGAAUUUUAAUGUUAAAGAGAUUAUGUUUUAUUUUUUAUCAUUGUUUUGCUUUUGUAAGAUAAAUUUUACUUAACUUUCCAGGUUUCUAGAAAGGACCUGGUAACUAAGGGUUUGUUCAUAUGGAGGCAAACUGACCGGGCUGCCUCAUUUAGGCGAGAUGCCACAUUGUUUGAAAAAAAAAUUAACUUUAGAACGCGAUAAAAAAUAUAUAUAAACAUUAAACUUUCGUGCUUUUCUUCAGCCCGCCCAACCGGGUCAGCUCGCCUCAUAUGAACAGCUCCUAAAUAUGUUACAGCCCCUAAAUAUGUUGUAAACAUUGUAUUUGGCGAUAUAGUUUAUUGCUUGAGUUAUUGUUAGCGUUUUUGACAAAUCUUUUCUAAUCGUCUCUGUAUUUUAAUGCAAGUGCAAAAGUCAGUCGUGUUUUUAAACCAUUGCUUUUAGUCUUGUUCUAAACAUUUUCUUGGAUAGAUCUUAGUAUUUAAUUAUUAGUCAUAAAUUAAUUGGCUAGCAGUUUUAAAUUUGAUUGGCUAACAGAUUUAAUUUAUGUUAAUUAAAUAAAAGUAGUUACGAAAAAAAUGUAAAUGUUAUUUUUAUGCAGUUCAUUAUUUAUACUGAAGAGAGAGAAAAAGAGAAAGGAAACAGAGAGAUGUUUGUAAAGCGUGUCAAAAUGCAAAUAAAAAUAAAUAAAAAUUUCUUAAAUACUGUUAA